AUGCAGCUUGACGUGUUCUGAAAACCCAAUGACCGGCAGGCUUAUCUGCUAAUACAAGAGUUGCAACAUUUCCCUGAAUUGAGGUGUGACCUGUGACUGAUUCCUGGUUUCUAACAAUGACAGAAUAUGAAUAUUAUGAUAGCACAUUCUCCUAUGAACCUUCUGAAUUCUGUGGGAAUGCCAAAGUUGCAGAUUUCAAGAAUGUUUUUAUACCCUGCUUUUAUUCCAUUUUAUUUGUGUCAGGACUUCUGGGGAAUGCUUUGGUUGUUGUGAUAUACGUUUACUAUGAGAAGCUGAAGACCAUGACAGAUGUCUACAUGAUGAAUCUGGCGAUUGCUGACUUGUUCUUUCUCUGCACCCUGCCAUUCUGGGCGGUUGAUGCAUACUCUGAAUGGAUUUUUGGAACUUAUAUGUGCAAACUUGUGAAUGGUGCAUACACUGUCAAUCUUUACAGCUGUAUGCUAAUACUCACCUGUGUGAGCAUCAACAGGUACAAAGCUAUUGUUCGAGCAACAAAAAUGCUUAAUACUGGAAAGAACAUACUUCACAGUAAGUUAGUCUGUGUGGGCAUUUGGGCGCUCGCAAUGAUUUUGGCUCUUCCAGAAUUCAUAUUAAGUCAAGUUCAAACUGAUGAAUCGAAUAAAUCUGUCUGUAAGAUGGUGGAUUCUUCUAAUCUGAUCAAAGUGGGAGUGAAAGUAACACAGAUGGUAGUGGGAUUUCUGAUACCUUUUCUGGCCAUGAUCAUUUGCUACUCAGUCAUUGUAAAAACCCUAAUCCAAGCUAACAGGUUUCAGAAGUACAAAUCAUUAAAAAUUAUCAUUGCAGUUGUAGUCGCAUUUGUGAUUUGUGAGUUGCCAUUCAACAUUGUCUUGUUGAUGCAUAUUCUACCGUUCAAUAGGCAAAAAACUAGUUGUGAAGAUAAUGGCAAUUUAUACUACACAAUUAUUGUAACAGAGAGCAUUGCAUAUGUACACUGUUGUCUCAAUCCUAUUCUUUAUGGAUUUCUUGGAGUGAAGUUUAGAAAUAGUUUUCUAAAGAUUUUAAAAGAUACUGGCUGCAUCAGUCAAAAACAAUUGGCUGGGCUUCUGAAAACUGAGUGUGAGACAUCACAACCUGUAUCGGUUAUAUCUGAAACAACAACAAUAUAUCCUUUAUAAAAGAUAUUAUAUGGAUCUAUAAUUGUAAAUG